AUGGAACUCAUUUGCUUGUAUUACAUCGCAUCGUAGUUACAAUUGAAGCGCGAACCAUGUCAGAACACAAGCAAAUAUUCACCGAGAUACUGAACAAGAUAGUGGCCGAGCGGGCGCUCGUCGCUCCUCGAGUGAAGAUACAACCCAUCAGCAGCGGCGGAGCCAACUUCACCACCCAGCUGUUCAAGGCGACCAUCAGCCACGGAGACAAUGAGCUGAAACUGUUCGCGAAAGUGGCAGCCGUCGGAGACAAAUUCAGAAACCAAAUUGAAGGUUUCCGAAUGUUUGAAACAGAAAACGAUUUUUACACCAAACUUAUAAAAAUAUACGAAAACCUUCAAGAGAAGCACAAUGUGCCGCAAGAUAAGAGGUUUGUAGCGCCGAAGUGUUACGGAUGCAGCAGCAAGCUGUAUGAAGAAGUGCUCGUGUUGGAGGACUUGUCGGCACAAGGGUUCACAGUGUACGACAGGAUGAAGUCGGUGGAUUGGGACUACGCCUCCAAGGCUGUGGAGGAAAUCGCUAAGUUUCACGCUCUGUCUGUCGCAUUUGAGAAAGAAAACAAGGAAGAAUUUAAUGAAUAUGUGGGAACUUUAACAUUCUCAUUGGAUAAAGAGACUACAAAACAUUUCACCGAUAUCAUUAACAAGGGAGUUAAUUUGAUUAAGGAAGAAAAUAGAAGUAGAGUAGAAGCAUUCAUAGCAUCCGUUGGGAGGUUGGAUGACGAUGAUAUGUUUAAACCGGUGAAACUAAACGUACUGGCACAUUGCGACAACAGAGUCAGCAACCAAAUGUACAGGGUAAACGAGGAUGGAGGCGUGGAGGUAAAAAUUGUAGAUUACCAGACCAUCCUGGAAGCGUCACCGGCCAUCGAUCUGGUGUACUUCAUUUUCACUGGCACCGACAAGAAGUUCCGCGACCAGUACUACGAACAGCUCCUGGACCACUACUACAAGGAGCUCAGCCUAGCCAUGAAGAGGCUGGCUCUCAACCCUGAUGAGAUCUAUCCGAGGGAGGACUUCGACUUUGAAUACAAAACGAAACUUCCACUCGGGUUGACCCUGGCGAUGAUGACGUUGCCGUUGAUCACUGUAGACGAGAAGAACGCCCCCAAUGUGGACAAGAACUUGGGCAUGGAUAACUUCUUGGUGGACAACACAAGCGAUAUCCUCCGCGAAAGACUGAACGGGGUUGUCGACGACUUUGUACGCUGGGGACUUGUGUAAAAACGUUCUUUUAACCAGAAUCGCCAGAUGUUACCCGUGACGCUAGGUGGAUAUAGACGCUAGGAAUUAGAACACGUAUUUUUUUCGACAAUUUUACUACAGGUAAUUGUACGAUGUUUUGCCUGAAUAUCGUAAUUUUUUAAAGAUAUUAUAUCGUCCUAAUGAUAAUGAUACGAUUCAAACCUUCCAAUUUAAUCGAGUCCUUUUUGGCUUAAAGUCAAGUCUAUAUUUAGCUAUGCGUACUGUUCGCAAGUUAGCUGAGGAUAUGGGUAAUACUUAUCCAGAAACAUCCUUAGUCGCAGCAUCUAAAAUGUACAUGGAUGAUUUAGUACAUUCGGUGCCUGAUGAUGCUAAUGCAAUUAGCCUUGCUUAUUAAUUAAUAUCUUUGUUUAUUUAAAAAAAUAGACAAUCGUUGUACAGUUAAUGUUAAUUACGAUAAAUCGGCCUACGAUAAUUCCUCUUCUAUGGCAGUUUCCAUUUGCUGUAGGUUUUCUGGAACGGGAUCACGAGCUCCAACCUUCAUUUUAUUCGGUCCCGUAGGUGUUUUAUAGGAUUGAAGUCAGGGCUAUUAGCUGGCCAACGCAUUACUUGAAUCCCAAUCUCUUGAAGGUACUGUGUUACUGUUUUAGCUACAUGAGGUCUCACCUUGUCAUGCAUUAGCAGAAAAUCAGAGCCAAAAUAUCCGGUACAUAGCAUAACAUGAGGUUCUAAAAUCUCUCUUAUAUAAAUAUAGGCAUUUAUAGCUCGAUGUCGUAAAAAACGAGUUCGGUACGUCCCCUAAAAGAAAUGCUACCGCAAAACAUUGAAGAGCCGCCUCCGAAUCUAACGGUCUCACGAAUAUAACAUUGGGCGUAACGUUCCCCAGCUCUUCUCAUAACAUUGCGGCGACCGUCAAAGUUAAUAAAAUUCAUCCGGUUUUCAUCCCAAAACAAUAUUGUUUCCAACUGCGCCAAAGUCCUAUUGACACAUUGUCUAGCAAAAUCUAACCUGACUUGCCAGUGAGCUGGAGUAAGUUUUAGGCCUGAUGUUGGUUUGUGUGGCCUCAGAUUUUGUUCUACGAGACUAUGCCUUCUUCUUUAUAUUAUUUCCGUGUAUGACGUUCCGUGAGUCUACCCUGAAGAUCAACUGCAGGAAGAUGACGAUUUCGUAAAGACGCCAAGACUACAAAUCGGUUAUCUGUAGGAUUUGUGACACGUCUUCCUCUAGGACCGCGUCCCGGCGAUACUGUCCCGGCUCUAAAUAGCGUCUAUUGUCCUACUGCAACGUAUCGCAGACGGACUCAGGUUCUUCUUGCCACAUUACGCCGACUCAGGCUUUCGCGUAUAAAGGUCACUACUCGUGCAGCUUGUGCCUCGAUAGUAUCCAUAUUUUGCGACUGAAAUUUUAUGAAAAUGUCACCAAAACAAUAAGUUUUAAAAGGUUAACCACAAUAUUAAGUAAAUAAACGCAUUCGUAACAAAAUAUCGUAACAAACUAAAGCAUUUUUCAAUGCAAAAUGACGGAAUUUCGUAGAUGCAUGAUUAAAAAAAAGUUAAGUAUACAUUCAAACCUUUCGUGUGCAUCUAAAGGGCCUCAAGUGUUUCCCAAUACCCUUGUUAAUAAUCAUUACCAGACAACAAAUUAAAAUUGUGUGAUAUCAUAUUUAAGAUAUCAACUUUGUAAACGUAGUUUAUGACCUUGGGCCGUCCGCCAUCUUGGAUUUAAAAUGACGUAAGUUAAAUAAUCAUGCAUUGUCAUUCCAACUAAACGGGUAUGCAAAAUUUAAUUUCCAUGAUAUCUGAUUUAAAAUUCAGUUUACAAGUUUGGAGCCGAACAUACGUACAUACAAACAUUACAAGUUAAAUAAUAGCUUGUAAAAAUACAUACAUUAUAUUAAAGUAAAACAAUUAUAGAUAUUCAUAAUAACUG